ACCAUUACCCAAUAACAUCCCACCGACCACUUCUCCCUUCCACCACGAACCCACCACAAACUACAAUAUGGCCAAAACCCCCAAACCAAAGUCCCGCGCCGCAAAGCGUGCUUCAUCACCCCCAGUCACAAUCCCACUCCCGCGUCCCGACGAAAAACCCACCAGCGAAAAACUCGCCGCACUAUCCGCCCGCACAGCGGGUAGCGGCGGGGUGCAGAAGCGCAAGGGGGGGAAAGCGCUUUCCAGACAGAAGCGCAGGAGGAAGGAGGCUGCGGUAGGUAAAGCCGGUGCGGCACUCGAGAAAUUGGAGAGGAAGCGAGAGGCUAGCGCCCGGAAGGGUGGGGUCGUCAAGGGAAGAAGUGUAGGUUUUUCCUUUUUUCUUUUUUUCCUUCCUCUUGGUGAGGGUGGGACGGGAGGCUAAUGAAUGGCGGGAGGGUAGACGAAUUGGGAUAAUUUGAACGAGAUAAUUGAAGAAGAGGUUGAGAAGGCGGUUGAAGGGGGGAAGGAGAUUCUGGUGACGUAGAGUGUUUGGCUGUACAAUAGUGGUAUUGGUAAUGACAAAAGUUGGGUUUGUAUGAUAGGAUACUGAACUUUGGUCGUGACCCCUGCAGGCAUCUACAUCACGCCCGCCCCAGACUCGGAAGAGGUUGCCAAAAUCACCUCACCCGGUAAGCCAAAGCCCAUGUCAUACAUUACUAUUAAGAAGCACAGAGGGGGGAGGGUUACUCCCCAUGGUGAAGCCUUUUCGUUUCAUGAUCCCACAGUCAACCUCCCUAUAUCCCAUCCAAGAAAAGGGAAACCAACCACUCGAGCAAUAAAUGAUAUCAUACCACCAAGGAACAUCAAAGAUCAUCAUCCCACAGGACAAAUACCCCAACGAUACAUCACACAAUUCACAAACCAACGAGACACCCCCCCCACGCACACACAGCCCAGUACCAGCAGUACUAAGCCUACUACUACUCCAGCCAACAGAGGAAAACAGGCACAAGAAAGAAAGAAAGCUAACCAGCACGCCAAAUAACGAUACCAUGCUCGCAUUCGGAAAUCACAAAUACCGGUAUGUAGGGGAAAGAAGGGGAACCCCCUCCAGCCACGGUAUUCACCCGCACAGAAAAAAUAACAACAAAAUAAGAUGAGAUAAAAUAAAAUAAAAUAAACCCAACCGCGAAGACCUGCCACUACCCACCACCCGUACCGCGCAGCGCCGUGAAUAUAGUAGGCCGGAGGAUCGUAGGACGCUCAAAUCCCCAGCGUCGGAACGGGGCUCUAAUCAUAAAAACGCACUCGCACUCAUACCUAGCGCGCACCGCAUCUUUCCGAGGUCUCCCCAGCCAACGCAACCACCUCUAACCCCCCCCGUGUCCCCACUUCUGCGAUAGCGAGUUACCUGCGUCUGCAGCAUUGUGCCGUCCCAGGCGCAAAAAAUCCAGCCAAGAGCGAUACCGUUAGCAUCAGUAUUCUCG